AUGGAUGUCACCGACCCGCAGACCAAAGAAGAAGAAGCUCUGGAGCUUCCCGAGGAGAUGCAACUGGAUGGUGAUGACAUGGAUGGCGGUGAUGACGGGGAAGAAGAUGAUGGUAUGGAUGAUAUGUCAGACAUGGGCCCUCUGCCCGAAGAAGAACAGAAGGCCGAUGGAAAGGAUGAUGAGCCUGGAGAGGGAGAGGGAGAGGAAGACGAAGAUAUGGAGCAAUUCCCUGGCGAGGAGGAGGAGAUAGAAGGUGAAGGCGAAGGCGAGGAAGAAACCAACGAAGGGGAAGCAAAUGAAGAAGAGGAGAAUGAAGCUGGCGGAGAGGAUCCCGAGGAGCCAGAUCAAGAUGAAUUCCUUGCUCAACGCGACGAGAAUGAAGCUGCUGGCGAUGAGGUUGCUCCCAGUGAAGCUGUCACUGGCGGCCUUGGUGCUGACCAGGAUCAAAAUGAAGACAAGGGCGCUUCUGGUGAUGCGCAGCAGGAAAGUGGAUCGAACGACCCCAACGCUAGCGCUGAGCAGAAAACUGGUGCUGCUAAAGACAGCGAGGAGACCAAGCCGAGUCACGAUGCUGGUGGAGGCGAGGAUUCAGAGCCAAAUGAUCCUCAAAUCCAAGCCUUCAAGAAGCUUGGAGAUAUGCUCGAGGAAUGGCAUCGUCGUCAAAAGGAAGUCAAGAAUCCCUCGCAAGAGGAAGAGGACUCGCAGGCUCUGCCAGAAGACACCGACAUGGCGGAUGCCGAUUUCGAACACCUCAAGGAUGACGAUGAUCAGGCCGAUACGCAAGCCCUCGGACAAGCAAAUGAGGAGCAGGCCAAGGCUCUCGACCAAAAUAAGGGCGUCGAGUCUGACAACAAGCCUACAGAAAAUGACAUCCUACCCGACGUCUCUGAGGAGCUUCAAGAUGCCCUCGACAACCAACUACAGGAUGAGAUGCAACUUGAUCGCGAAAUGCUCCCAACUGACGGUCAAUCCGCUGGGGCAUUCAUUCCUGGUGACCACGCAUCUAAAGAUAAGGCAGAUGGUCAUGCCGGUGCUCAAGAGCUGACCGAGGAACUGGAUGAAGUCGACACGCAACUUGCGGCAAUCCACCUCUCCUCUUCGCUCCCGCCAUUGACCCCCGAAGCUGACGCCCGCCGUCUCUGGUCUCAAUACGAGAACGCAACCAACGAUCUCUCCCUCUCCCUCACCGAGCAACUUCGCCUCAUUCUAGCCCCGACCAUGGCCACGAAGCUCCGUGGUGAUUUCCGCACCGGUAAAAGGCUCAACAUCAAGCGCAUCAUCCCCUACAUCGCAUCGCAGUACAAGCGUGACAAGAUCUGGAUGCGCCGUUCUAUCCCAUCCAAGCGCAACUACCAGAUCAUGCUGGCCGUCGACGACAGCAAGUCCAUGCUCGAGAGUGGAAGUGGCCAGCUCGCCUUCGAAACCCUCGCACUCGUCGCGAAGAGUCUCAGCAUGCUCGAGGCCGGUGAUUUGUGCGUCCUGGGCUUCGGUAGUGAAGAUCAUGUGCGUGUUGCACACGAAUUCGGCAAGCCCUUCUCCUCCGAGGCUGGUUCCCAGGUCUUCCAGCACUUCAGCUAUCAACAAACUGGUACCAAUGUGCGCAAACUGAUUGCGGAUUCCAUCGCCCUUUUCCGCGAGGCGAAGUGGAAGCGCUCACCUGGUUCUGGCUCUGCUGAUCUUUGGCAGCUUGAGCUGAUUAUCUCCGAUGGUAUCUGUGAGGAUCACGAUACUAUUCGUCGUCUGGUUCGCCAGGCUCUUGAGGAACGCAUUAUGAUUGUGUUCAUCAUUGUUGAUGCUGUUAAGGGUAGCUCCAUUCUGGAUCUCUCGCAGGCUACCUUUGAGCCUGAUUCGGGUGGUGAAAUGAAGCUCCAGAUGAAGAGAUAUCUGGAGGACUUCCCCUUCCCCUACUAUUUGGUGGUUCGAGAUGUUAGAGAACUGCCUUCUGUUUUGGCAACUGCAUUGAAGCAGUGGUUUGCCGAAGUUGUUGAUGUUUCGUCAUGA